AUGACUUGGCUCAAGAAGGGAAUCGAGGUAACAUUAACCAAACGCUGUUUGAUUUCUCUAGCCAUUGCUGCCACCUAUUAUGACACUGUUUGGUGUGAUGUUCUUCCAAUGGAUGCGAGUCACAUUAUACUCAGUCGGCCCUGGCAAAUUGAUCGAAGGGCUAAACAUGAUGGGUAUUACAACACCUAUACUUUCACUCAUAAAGGGAAGAAAAUCACUCUGGCUCCUUCAAAAGAACCGGUGACUGUCCCCAGUUCGACCACCCCUGGCUUUCUCUCAUUGCGAGAUCUGAGGGGUGCUCUUGAAAAUACUGAUGUGGUCUAUACUUUGUUGAAUAAGACAGGUACCCUGGACAGUGUGAUGCUUGUAGUUCCUGAAGGGGUCCAGCCCCUAUUACCCGAGUUUCGUGAUGUCUUCCCUGCUGAUCUCCCACAGGGCCUUCCACCCCUUAGAGAGAUUCAACACCAGAUUGAUUUAAUACCUGGGGCGACCCUACCGAACCUUCCACAUUAUAGGAUGAACCCGACAGAACACAAGGAGCUGCAAUGA